AUGUUCAAAAAGUCAGGUAUGGUUAAUAAAUCUGCUGAACAACUUCAAACUGGCCUUACAACUCUCUGUAAUAAUUUGGAUACAGAACCUCCAUGCGUGUCAAAGCAUAUAAAUAUUUUAUUUGAACCAAAUUCUACUGAUAUACCUGGAUUGGAUCCAGCAUUGUGGUGUAUAAAUGAACAAACGAGGCAAUAUAUCUGUAAAAAUGGAUUUAGUCAAAAUCUAGAUGUUAAAUUUACAGCAUCAAAAAGAUUGUACAAUGUUGUUCAGAAAGGGCAUUUCCGCAACUAUUUUAGAUAUCUGAAUAUAGAUUUUUUUAAAACUGUUUUAAUCAAUGGUGAAUCAUGUCAAAGAGAUUAUUUAUCUUACUCUGAGAGUACUGGAUCAAUUUAUUGUGUUCCAUGUCUUUUAUUUGAGAAUAAAACUAAUUUUUCAAAAACAGGAUUUUCAGAUUGGAAACACCCUAAAAAAAUUUCUUACCAUGAAAAUUCACCUGAACACAAAUUAUGUUCCUAUAAAAUGAAAGAACUUGCAUCAGAUUUAAGUAAAAUAAAUACAAAACUAAUACAUCAAAUAGAAACCGAAAAAAAAUAUUGGAUUAGUGUACUGACCAGAGUUUGUUCGGUUGUUAAAAGUUUGGCAAGCCAUGGAUUAUCAUUUAGAGGUGAUGUAGAAAAAUUUGGAUCAUCUACUUCAAACACUGGCAAUUUUAUUAUGAUGAUGGAAUUACUUGCAGAGUAUGACCCACUUCUAUCAGAACACAUAUCUAAGUAUGGUAACCCUGGCAAAGGUAAUACUUCCUACUUAUCGUUUUCUACUUAUGAACAGUUCAUUAAAAUCAUGUCUGAAAAAGUCAUUAAUAUCAUAGUUGAUGAAAUUAAAUCAUCGAAAUAUUUUUCUAUCAGCAUAGAUUCCACUCCAGAUAUAUCACACACUGACCAGCUGUCUUUCAUUAUCAGGUAUGUGCUAUCGAACGGUGAGCCAAUUGAAAGAUUUAUUGGUUUUUUAGAAAAUGUUGGACAUAAAUCAGAAAAUAUAGCAGAAUCAGUUUUAUCAGUUUUAAAAAAAUAUAAUUUAGAUGUUUGUUAUUUGAGAGGUCAGUCUUAUGAUAAUGCUAAAAACAUGUCUGGUAUUUAUUCAGGAGUUCAAGCAAGAAUAAAGCAAGUUUCACCAUUAGCUGAUUUUGUACCAUGUUCGGCACAUUCCUUGAACUUGGUCGGAUCGUGUGCUGCAAAUUGCUCAAGAGAAGACGUUUGCCACAGUUUAAAAAAAAACUGGAGUUCUAUAAAACAAGUAUUAAAAGAACUAAUAAAUGAUGAUUAUGAAAAACCAUUUGUACGGUCUGAAGCCAGAGGUUUAAUUAGACAAAUGAAUAAAUUAGAAACAGCAUACAUGACUGUAUUUUGGAGUGAUAUUUUACAUACAUUUAACAAAACUAGUCUUCUAUUACAAUCUGUUGAUAUUGAUAUAAGCACUGUAGUUAGUUUGUAUAAUUCGUUAAUUGAAUAUGUUCAAACUUUACGAUCAAUGUUUAAUGAUUAUGAAAAGUUGGCAAAAGCUAUGUUUGACAAUGAUGACUUAAUUCCUGACUAUGAACACAAAAAUAGAAAACGUAAAAAACAAAAAAACAUAGAAGCUAUUUUUCCUUAUGUUUAUGUUGCCCUCCGAAUGUUCCUAUGUACUCCUGCUUCUAAUUGUUCAACGGAAAGGUCAUUUUCCACUCUACGGAGAAUAAAAUCAUAUUUAAGAUCAACCAUGUCAUCAGAAAGAUUGAACAGUUUAGCCAUAUUAAACAUAGAGUCAUCUAUAACUAAAAUGAUUGAUUACGAUGAUAUUAUUAAAUCAUUUGCAUCAAAACAAUCUCGCAGAAAAGUUUAA